AUGCUGAGUAUUUUAACUGACUCCCACCCCACUAGGCAGCACCAGGUUAAGUGGAGAUUUGCCGCCUGCCGCCCUGUCUCUUUCCCUUGUCUCCAUGCACAAGCACCUGUACCACAGCAAGGGCUGCGAUUCGCCCAAGCGAUAGUCCGCGCUAAAGCACUGGCAGAGGCCAGACGAGGCAAGAAGCCCUUGAUGGCCCUUGUCCCUCCCUUCACCAGCGCGCAUACCAAUCAGAUUUAUCCCUCCCUUGGUCGGUCGUGCCUUCCCGCCUCAACUGACUAUUACUGGUGCCAGUUUAACCGCCACCACUUUACAACGCCUUCCUCCACAGCUCCAAAGCACAUCGUCUUCUUUCCUUUCCACUCGACUAUUAGGUCGCUUCUCCUGCCAUUUCGCCUUUAUUGCAGAGCAUUGCAUCGCCUCGACUCUUUCUUCUCCUUUCUCUUUCCCCCUUCCUUUCUUCUCCGUUCCAUACCGCACCCACCAACAUCACUACUUUACAACCAUUCGUUCUGGUCGAGGCCUCUCGUAUCGUCGAUAUCGGCCAACGCUCGUCUCUCGGUAGUCUCAACGUCGCUCUUUACGCUGGCGACGCCAACCCGACCAACGCCGGACGCCGACGAAUCCCACCUCGCCGCCCUCGUCGAGAGUGUUUCGCCUGGUGACGUUCUUUUUGAUCCGAGCCGCACAACGACCACCAUUGUAACAUCCAUCCCCUCAUCGACGACCACAUCUCCUGUUGGAGGUGCUGCCACGUACGGAUCAGACCGGUACCGUGACGAAGACGACGACGACGACAUCUCGGACGACGACGACAUUGUGGGCUCAACUAGCAGCUACCUUGCAAACGUAUACCGCAAACCCGCCGUCCCUCAGACCAGCACCUUUGGCCUUCCCAGCCAACCCCCUGCAGUGCCCCAUUUUCGCACAUAUCCGACCGCCACCGGAGUGGAAGAAUACACAGCCGAAGCAAACUACGUCAAGAUGGAUGGCAAACGCCAACUGAACUCGUUCCAGCAGCUGGAGAAGCUGGGCGAAGGUACCUAUGCUACAGUCUUUAAAGGUCGAAACCGCCAUACCGGCGAGUUUGUCGCGCUCAAGGAAAUACAUCUCGACUCCGAGGAGGGAACGCCGUCGACUGCUAUCCGCGAGAUUUCGCUCAUGAAGGAGCUGAAGCACGAGAACAUUGUUGCGCUGCACGAUGUCAUUCACACCGAGAGCAAGCUGAUGCUUGUGUUCGAGUACAUGGACGGUGACUUGAAAAAGUACAUGGACACCAACGGCGAGCGCGGUGCCCUGAAGCCGAUGCUUAUCAAGUCCUUCAUGUACCAACUACUCAAGGGCAUCGACUUCUGCCACCAGAACCGUGUCCUCCACCGCGACCUGAAGCCCCAGAACUUGCUCAUCAACGGCAAGGGCCAGCUGAAGCUUGGCGACUUCGGUCUCGCCCGCGCCUUUGGCAUCCCUGUCAACACCUUCUCGAACGAGGUCGUCACCCUCUGGUACCGCGCGCCCGAUGUCCUGCUGGGCAGCCGCACGUACAACACGAGCAUUGACAUUUGGUCCGUGGGCUGCAUCAUGGCCGAGAUGUAUACCGGCCGCCCACUGUUCCCGGGUACCACCAACGAAGACCAGAUGCUGCGCAUCUUCCGAAUCAUGGGAACACCCACCGAGCACAACUGGCCCGGCAUCAGCCAGUUCCCCGAGUACAAGGCCACUGCGCCGCGCUAUGCCACGCAGGACUUGCGCCAGAUCCUCCCGCAGAUUGAUGCUACGGGUAUCGAUCUGCUGCAGCGUCUGCUGCAGCUGCGUCCCGAGCUCCGCAUCAGCGCACAUGACGCUCUCCAGCACCCUUGGUUCCACGAUAUCCUGCAGCACCAGCACAGCCAGCAAGCCGCCGUACAGCAGCAGCAGCAGCAGCAGGUCGCUGCCACCGCUCAACAGGCUGCCGCGUUGCAGGGCCAAGGGCGCAGCGCGUUCCAGCCUGCGGCUGUUGCGGCGCAAGGCGGGUACGAGGGAUAUUAG